GAACAUUGCGCCACAUUUGCAUCAACUCUUCUUUCACUACCGCCAUUACCAUCAUGGCCAACGGACCUCCUACCCCUCCGCCUACUACCGAUAUUGAAAUACAGGACGCUGCGCGUGAAGAGGCGUCAGCGAAUGCAAAUGCACAAGCAACGAGCUCUGAGACUGAGACUGAGACUGACCCAGAACCUGCGGAACGGCAGCUGCCAUCCCGCUCACCACCCUCUCAGGACGUCUUUCAACAAGCUUUUCAGAAGAUAGCUUCCUUGUCGUCAGAAAAACAAUGGCAUGAACUUAUCUCUGUUGCAGAAGAUGCCGAUGUAUGGGGAGACGACGAGAGCCCCGUGUCGAGAUUGCUUGUCGUCGCGCCUCUUGUUCUGGGGUAUCUGAUAAUUGAUGACCUACCAGCGGCUCGUUUCGCGUUGACGCGCAUACAUCCACGGCUCCAGAAGCUUCCGAUUUCUACCGCAUUGGCAUCCCUUCUAGAAUCCUCUAUGGAGAGAAAACAUAAGGAGGUAUAUGCACGCGCCGAGGUGCUGUACAACAUGGCGAAAGAUACAGGCAGCGCGCCGGAUCCAAAGUUUCCCGGUGUACUUUCAGAGAUGGUGCAGGCGUUUACUGAAUCCUUCCGAGAGAGAACAUUCAGGUUGCUAUCCAAGGCAUACGCCGCUUUACCACUGGCGCUUGCUCAGACCUAUCUGGGGUUGACAUCGGAUCGUCUUCUUGCAGCUGCUGAAAGUAAUAACUGGAAGUACAACGCUUCUACCCAAGUUUUGAGUCCGACUGUCUCCUCCGGUCCCCAGGGUACCUCUUUGUCGGCAUCUUCAUCUUUGGCUAUAUUUGGUUUCAUCGCAGAUAGUGUCGCCGAAGUGGAGAUCAUGUAAAGAUAACUACCUGUACAUUGUUUUACACAUCACCUGUAAUAACACCGUAUCAUGCUGUCUUCAUUCGCUGAACAUUCAGGGCAGCGCCCUUUCCUGGCCACCUUCGCGUCGCCUUUUCGUUCGUCGAUAUGCAACCACUUGCUUUGAGCCCGUCCCACAGGAGGCUUCUAAUGCAUUCGUCUUGCGCCUAUAACUGCCUCUGCAAGGUAUCUGAUUGACUGCACGUGUCUCUAAACAUGGGUUUGGCUUUGUCGCUCACUUCAAUAUAUCUUGAAAGAUACUAAAACUUGAUGUUGGGUAUUUGUUGGAAAUGUUACGCUGUGGUUAUGGUCCGUUCUUGGACAUAAUUUACUUAUUGCAUUGCCUGCCUGUUUCCU